CAUGCGGCGGACGGCGCUUCACUUGUUAUCACGCGGCGGGUCGGCCGCCUGGAACAGCCGCGUCAGUCCUCUGUCGUCCGUAGGCUGUGCGAAACCGCCAACCGUGCCUGCCAAGAUGCGAGUCUCCGCCCCCGCCAGUCUGGAGGGCCCUCUGGUGGUCCCGGAGAAGACCCUGAUGGGGCCGGGACCCUCCAACGCCCACCCUCGGGUGCUGGAGGCCCAGAAGCUUCCGCUGCUCGGUCAUCUGCACCCGGAGUUUUGCAAGAUCAUGGACGAGUGCAAGGACGGCAUCCGGUACAUGUUCCAGACGGAGAACCGGGUGACGCUGGCGCUGUCCAGCACCGGCCACGGUGGCAUGGAGGCCGUGAUGUGCAACAUGCUGGAGCCAGGCGACACCAUCCUGAUCGCCAACAACGGCAUCUGGGGCGAGCGAUCGGCCGACAUGGCGCGCAGGCACGGCGCCGUGGUCCACGAGCUGAAGGAGCCGGCCGGAUCUGCUUUCUUCCUGCAGUCGAUUCGUGCAGCGCUCGACGUCUACAAGCCGUGUCUCCUCUUCGUCACGCACGGGGAGUCCUCUACCGGAGUCGUGCAGAACCUGGAGGGCAUUGGUGACGCCUGCAAAGAGCACGGCUGCCUCUUCGCCGUGGACACGGUGGCCUCGCUGGGCGGCACGCCGUUCCUGGCCGACGAGUGGGGCGUCGACGUGGUGUACACGGGUUCGCAGAAGGUGCUGGGCGCGCCGCCCGGCACCGCCCCCAUCUCGCUCAGCGAUGCGGCCUGGCAGAAGGUGGUCAACCGGAAGACUCCGAUCCGGUCGUUUUACUUUGACCUGACCUGGCUGGCUAACUACUGGGGCUGUGACGAGGGACCACGCAAGUACCACCACACGGGCCCCAUCUCGGGGGUGUACGCGCUGCGCGAGGCGCUGGCCGUGUCGUGCGCGGCCGGCCUCGAGUCGCUCUGGGAGCGGCACAGCCGCUGUGCGCGCCGCCUCUUCGCCGGUCUGGCCGAGAUCGGCCUGCGCCCGUUCGUCGAGACGGAGAGCUUCCGGCUGCCGACCGUCACCACCGUCAGCGUGCCCGACGGCGUCAACUGGAAGGCCGUCAUCGGCUACUGCAUGAACACGUACAAGGUGGAGAUAGCGGGCGGCCUGGGCCCCACGGCCGGCAAGGUGUGGCGAGUGGGGCUGAUGGGCGUCAACGCCACCGAGGAGAGGGUGGACCUCGUGCUGCGUGCCCUCCGGGAGGCACUGGCGCAGGCCAGCAUCUAGGUCAAGGUUGCGGAGGUCACCGGCCGCCGCCGCCGCCGCCUUGCAGCACCGGCAGGACCUCGUCCGUGAGCACCACCCCAGGCGCGAAAGGCUGCCGGCGAGAGGCGCCGGGACCGGUAGCUGUGGGACCAACGCGGAUCAGCUGUUUUCUCAAGCUUACACCUGUUGUUGUACCGAAACAUGUGCAAUGGGUCAUGUACGGCUUUCCGAUCAUGUUAACAACGCGUGGUUGGUAAGCCAUUUGUAUUGAAAUAUUCCCCACUGGUUGAAUGGUUUUGCAUAAUACGACUCAUUCCAACGGCGUGCAAUAUAUUGAUGCGAGCUCCA